AUUCCAUACCUUGUAAAAGAGUUGUAGUAAAUUGUAAAUCUAUCCGUGAAGCUAUUUCACUUAUUAGCAAAUUAGCGAUUAUUACGCGAUUACUUAGUUUCGAAUUUCCUGUUCUUAUUGGACGUUUUACUUAAUUAAUUUACGUCGGAGAUGUCAACAUUGUGAAAAUUUUCACUGAUGAAGAUUAAAUAUGGAAAACGUUGGAGUUAGUAGAAAUAGAAAUGGUACUACAAAAAUACGACUAACUGUUCUAUGCGCCCGUAACUUAGCCAGGAAGGAUUUAUUCAAGCUUCCAGAUCCGUUUGCUAAAAUUAGUGUAGAUGGUUCGGGACAGUGUCAUAGUACUGACACUUGCAAGGCUACUCUAGAUCCGAAAUGGAAUCAGCAUUAUGAUUUAUACAUUGGCAAAGGAGAUGGUAUUACUAUAAGCAUAUGGAAUCAUAAAAAAGUACAGAAAAAGCAAGGCGGAGGAUUCCUCGGUUGUGUACGAAUCUUGAGCAGCAGUAUUCAGAAAUUGAAAGAUACUGGCUAUCAAAGACUGGACCUAUGCAAGGCAAACGCUGAAGAUACGGAACCAGUCAAAGGUCAAAUUGUCGUAUCGUUAUUAUCGCGAGAAAUGGGCAACGGGAGUAGCUCGAAUGCUGGCCAUAUAGCAGUAGCCGAUCCUUUGGGUGAUAUAAGCUGUCCGGAUAUUUUACCCGAAGGAUGGGAAGAACGAAGAACAUCGGCUGGAAGGCUUUAUUACGUUAACCAUCAUACAAAAACCACCCAGUGGUUUAGACCUAACAGACCUGUACACGCGUUACCAUCUUCGAACUCUUCCAGAACAUCGAGCACGUCCACAAACGAGGCAAACGGCGGAACAGAUACGAACGGAGAAACCCCGGACGCCGAUUCUCGUCUAAAUUCAUCUCUGCCCGGCGCGUUCCAAACGCAAUCGACCAAUAACGACGAUAAUAACAACGUGAAUAACUGUUCGUUUACCGGAGCCGCACCCACUGGCUCUAAUAACCACGAUAAAAAACAAGGUGGUAGUUCUACAGCUGCUGGAACUGCUGUUACAUCUUCCACCAAUACUCCUACUUCGAGCAGGACAACUGAUGCUAGAUCUGUGGCCAGCCAGCAAUCGAGAAGACGUACAUCGGCCGGAAACGUGGCGUUGAAUCGUCGGCCUAAAGCGAACUCUUAUUAUAGUCCUAUUUCAUCGGCGAGCCAACUAGAAGGAUUACCAGAAGGAUACGAAUUGAGAACCACGCAACAAGGGCAAGUUUACUUUUAUCAUAUACCGACCGGACUGAGCACCUGGCAUGAUCCUAGAAUACCCCGCGACAUUAUCGCCCAUUUAAGCAGCAAAGAACUUGGACCGUUGCCCAGCGGUUGGGAAAUUAGACAAACGGGCACAGGCAGAUAUUACUACGUCGAUCACAACAACCGAACUACUCAAUUCACCGAUCCGAGAUUAACUCCUAAUAUUAUAUCGCUUUAUUAUAAACGUAAAAACAUGGCGCCUCCAGCCUUCUUGGCGAAUAUCAUGGAGUCGAGGAAUAUUAACGGUAACAUAUCGCACAAUACACCAGAAACCAGUACGUCGGCCAGUAGUUCCUCCAAUGCUACCAGUACUGCUGUAGCCGCCUCUUCGACCAGUUCGGCGGCGACGCCGAAUACCACAUCGUCUUCUACAUCGGGUCCUCAAAGUAUCGAAACCGAUAGCGAAUGUCUUCCUAAGUAUCGUCGAGAUCUGGUCGCUAAACAGAAAAUACUCAGAGCCGAACUGAACGUUUUACAACCGCAGAGUGGUCAUUGCAGAUUCGAAGUAUCCAGAUCGGAGAUUUUCGAAGAAUCUUACCGAAUUAUUAUGAAAAUGAGAGCCAAAGAUUUGCGUAAAAGAUUGAUGGUAAAGUUCCGCGGCGAAGAAGGCCUAGACUACGGUGGCAUCGCUCGAGAAUGGCUAUGUUUACUGUCGAGAGAAAUGUUGAACCCUCAAUAUGGCCUUUUUCAGUAUUCUAGAGAAGAUAAUUACACCUUGCAAAUUAGCUCUGAUAGUUCAAUUAAUCCGGAUCACUUAUCGUAUUUUCAUUUCGUCGGACGUAUUUUGGGCAUAGCGGUUUUUCACGGGCAUUAUAUAGAUGGUGGAUUCACGACACCGUUUUAUAAAAUGCUUCUGAAUAAACCAAUUACGUUGGACGAUAUCGAAGGCGUUGACCCGGAGUUGCAUAGAAGUUUAACGUGGCUGUUAGAGAAUAAAAUCGAACCAGAUGUCUUAGAUGCUUCGUUUGCAGUCGAAGUGAAUAGUUUCGGUGUAUUGAAGGCGCACGAAUUGAAAGCGAAUGGUCAGAAUAUCCAAGUAACCGAAGAAAAUAAAAAAGAAUACGUAAAGUUAUACGUCAAUUACAGAUUUAUGCGAGGAAUCGAACAGCAAUUUUUAGCCUUGUAUCGAGGUUUCACCGAAAUCGUACCAGCUCAAUUGUUAAAACCGUUUGACGAACGUGAACUCGAACUUAUUAUCGGUGGUUUGGUAUCGAUCGAUAUUAAAGAUUGGAAGGAGAACACUCGUCUUAAGCAUUGUACUUCUGAAACUCCGGUCGUCAAAUGGUUCUGGCAGAUUGUCGAGUCGUACAGCGAAGAAAUGCGAGCUAGGCUACUGCAAUUCGUCACCGGUAGCUCGAGGGUUCCGUUGCAAGGCUUUAAAGCUUUACAAGGAUCUACUGGAGCUGCCGGACCUCGUCUAUUCACCAUACACGUGACCGACGUACCCCAAGAUAAUUUACCAAAAGCUCAUACCUGUUUUAACCGUAUCGAUAUACCAGCCUACAAUAGUUACCAACGAAUGUACGAAAAGCUCAGCCAAGCGGUCGAAGAAACCUGCGGUUUCGCCGUCGAAUAACACCCAAUGAUCGUCUAUUCGUCGCUCGUUCUUCCCGUUCACGUAUUAUCAGCAUCGCAGGCAUUUAUCGUGCUACUUUACCGCUAUUUUUUUGUAUUAUUAAUAUUUGAUUCGUUACGUAUACUACUAUUAAAUAUCUAAGUAUGAUCGCCGUGCAUGUAUAGCGUAGCGUCGGAAAAAACAGGGUAUUUUAGGAGUUGCUAAUUGGCUGCUGGUGCAUUGCGCACUUUUUAAGGUCGUCGUUGUAGUCUUCCGUUACAAUAUUUUUUCUUGGACCCUUCCUUUUAUUAUGAUAAGAGUCGAGAUACGAAAAUCGAUGCUGAUUUAGGGUAAUAAAUACAACGUCGUUUCGUUGAAACUUGGCCAGAAGAUGAAGAAGAAGUAAAUAUAAAAGUAUUAUUUGUGUUCUAAUUUUACUGCGAGCGAUGAAGAAAUUACAGAGUAAAAUAAUCUCGUUAUUUGAAUCGCAUUAAUAUACCAUAAUUUUUUUUUAUUAAGACGAAUUAUAUGUGAUGACCUUUUUUUUUUGUUUUUGUUUUGUUGAAAUCUUCCACGUGAAAAAAAAUAAAAAAAUGUUGUUAUACGCGUUUAUCUUAUAAGGCCUUUUAUUUUUACGUAGUAAAAUAUUAUAUUAUUAUGUUUUCUUCGAUGUACUAUUUUUAUAACGAGUAUAAUGUGAAUGUAUGUAGAUGUACGUGUGUAUCGAUGAUGUUACUUAAUUUUUUAAAAGUAGUUACUUCAUGUGGAAAAAUUCGAACAAUUUUCUAAUGUUCUGUUCUGUUUCUCUUUUUAUUAUGUGUAAAAAGUUGUACGAAUUUUUUUUUCUCUUUUUUUUUGUAAUAAGGUACUAUUUUAUAUCGUGUAAUUUUUUCUUUUUCUUUUUUUUUUGUACGAGAUAUUUUACAGUUGAAACAGUGUACUGUGAUGUUUUAUUUAUUGGAACGUAUGUAUGUGUGUUUUGUAACGUAACGUGUACUGUACGCGAACGAGAUUUAUUUUCACAUAUCAAAAUUCUGUAUUAUCAUGUUCCUCUCUCUACUAUACUAUAUAGCUCAUACUUACCCGAAGAUUUUAUUGUGAUCGAAUGUCCUCCUGUAGACAAGAGAAAUUCUCAAACAGCAUGCUACAUUCCAAUGGCGUCAAGACUUCGAGGUUUGCUUUAUUAUUGAACAAUAUUGUAUUAUAAACGAUGAGCGAUUUAUUACGAAUACAAAUGUUUGUUUUGUGCAAUACAUUUUUUUUCACA